AUGCGCGGCAGCCGCAGCGCCUCUGGCUACCGCGGCUCCACCUUCGGCUCAGACGCCGUGCUGUUGCAGCAAGACGCGGGCACGAAGCUGAGCAGAGCUCAACCGGCGGCGUGCGCCCGCUACGAGCAUGUGCAUGACCCAUGCGCGCUGGCAGACAAGCAUGAUGACGAGAUCAUGAUGGCAUGGACAAGGACUACGCCGGUCACGGGUCACCACGUGCCCAAUAGGCUGAAGUACAACAGACGCUUCGACACGCAGCCGUUCGCCACCGUCUUCGUGCUCAAAGACCCCAAUGGGGUGCUGUUCCUGUACACGAUAAAGAAUGACAACAACGGUGAGCGUGAGAACAUCCCGUUGUACUCGGAGUGA